AGUAAAAGUGACAUAAACAUUAUCUCCCUUGUGCCGGGUGAAAAUCCGAUAUUUGUCGGCUACUUGAAAGUUUAGACUAUUUGUUGACAUGUUGCUUAGAGCUUUUACUGACAUUUGAAUAAUAACCUAAUUAUUUAUUGGGAAAUGGAUUAACUAUAUAAAACGUUUAAAUGUGUGGUCAUAUUUAAAAAAUGUAAAUGCGGGUUGUGAAAAUCACGAUUUGUUGAUGAUUUGUUAUAAAGAUAUAUACGUGUAAUAUAAAACAGGAUAUGAGCAACUGCUGAUUCUUAAUUAGCUGUAAGGAUUUAAACAUAUACAGGACAAGCCGGAAGAAUGGGUUGUGGAAGUAGUACGGACACUGCCCCGCCUAGGCACGAAGCGCGGAGGAGAACUCCAACACCCCAUCAGCCGACUCCACCGCCCCGGGAACCGACUCCACCUCCUCGGGAACCAACCCCACCUCCUCGAGAACCAACUCCGCCUCCUCCAGAACCGACUCCACCUCCUAGAGAGCCAACACCGCCUCCUCGGGAACCAACUCCGCCUCCUCGGGAACCAACUCCGCCUCCUCGGGAACCGACUCCGCCUCCUCGGGAACCGACUCCGCCUCCACGAGAGCCAACUCCACCUCCUCGAGAACCUACACCACCACCUCCGCCACCCCAAGAAAAACACGCGGGUAAGAACGGUUAUAGACAAAAUGACAGCGGUCUUUUUGAAUGUGAUCCUAUUGAUUUUCGACCAAACCCAGAAGAGAUGGACAGAGACUUUUCAGACCCCCCAACUGAAACACCAUUUGUUGAUAGAGAUUUUGGUCCAGAAGUUGCGAUUGAAGGGGAAACAUUUGAAUGGAAGAGACCACACGAGUUCCGAGACGCACCUGUCCUAUUUUCGGAGGGAACCACACGCUAUGAUAUAGGUCAAGGAAGUGCUGGAACUUGCUGGUUCCUAUCUAUGGUCGCCAUGUUAGCUGAUAGACCCAAAUUAUUUCACAGGGUUGUGCCUAUGGAUGCAUGGAACCCCGAAGGCGGCUAUUUUUAUUGUAAUUUCUGGAGAUUUGGUGGAUGGGAAACAGUAUUCAUUGAUGAUUUCCUGCCAGUAAUUCAUGGUGACGUGUUAUGGGGCGCCAAGUCUGCAGAGGAUAAACAGGAAAUGUGGCCUGCUUUCCUGGAAAAGGCUUUCGCAAGAUUUCACGGUAAUUAUAACGCGGUAUAUGGAGGUCAGUCAAGUGACGCGUUUCUUGCUCUUACCGGAGGUUGUUCGGAGUACAUUGACUUUGAUGAUGCACUUGAAGCAGAUGCUGAGGGAUCCACGAGGAAAAAAUCUUUAGCACUUCACAAACGCUUGAAAAAUGCAAUCAGACACGGUGAAAGCAUGAUUACAACUGAAGUACCGGAAAAAAACAACAACAAAUUCGGUCUGGUCGGUGGUCAUGCAUACUCACUUACUGAUGCCGUCACUGUAAAUUCAAACGGACAAACUGUACAUCUUGUAAGAGUUCGCAAUCCUUGGGGAAAUACGGAAUGGACAGGACCUUGGUCAGAUAAGAGCCGUGAGUGGAACACAGUUGAUCCGGAUGCUAUACCAUAUGCAAACAAAGACGAUGGUGAAUUCUGGAUUGCCUUAAAAGAUUUUAUCAAGUAUUUUUCCGGUGUUACUCUGUGUUCUUUGGUUCCUGAUUUCGACAAGGAUGGGUGUACAGACUCGCUAAAUCAUUGCAGUACAAUAUAUGGAGAAUGGUUCGGGGAAACAGCCGCCGGGUUCCAGAACAAGAUAAACAAUCCACGAUACAUGUUUGAACUCUCUGAUGAAGGAAUGGACGACGACGGCCUGGUACCAGUAGUUCUUCAGAUAUGUCAAAAAUUGAAACACAGAAAAAGUAAUAAGUUUUCAAUACGAGUAGACCUUUACAAGGUAUUAGGAGAGAGAUCGGGGUCGGAACCUCAAGCAGUAAUGGUGUUACUAGGAGAGGUCACUAACAUUUAUAAGAGUGAACGUCAAAUGAGCACGAGAUUCAAGGUUGAACCUGGACAAUAUGCCGUUGUCCCGUCCUGUAUUGACGCCGGAAAGGAAAAGGAGUUCCUGGUCAAGGUCUAUACCCCGGCUCCGAUAUAUAACGUCAGAGAAAUUGGUCGUGAAUAUGCUAUAAUGGAAAGUGAAGAAUUCAAAUGUCCAGAUGAAGCAGUAGUUGUCAGACAUACAGAAACUGUAUUUGGGAGAUGGACUUGCGGCCAUAAUGCAGGUGGCCAAAUUUCACAUCAGACGUAUUAUCAAAAUCCGCAAAUAGAGUUUGAAAUACCUGACAGAAACAAUGAUGAAUUUGUUGACAUUACAAUAAUGCAAGAGAAGGGUCAAGAAACAUACCCAGUUGGUCUUCGUAUUUAUCCGAUGGACCCAGGUUAUGACAUAGAAUGUGGCGACCAGCAUCAACAGUAUCUGUAUUCACAACAUGACAAUUGUCCCAGGACGUUGGACGGGAAUGUAGGAGCUUUUAUAAUGGGCUCGUCGGCAGAAAUACAGCACAAACUUCCGCCUGGACAAUAUUUUGUUCUGUUUCAUUUGGACGGUGACCAGCAAGAGAAAAGAUUUGCUGUUAUAAUCAGAUCAUCAUGUCACUUACAAACAAAGAAACACCAUGUAGAAUAGACACGGGAGCGUUCAGGUUUACAUUACUGCCUGUCCUACACAAUUUGCGCAUGCGCAAACUAUUAGCCUUACUGGGGAUAGAUCAACCAACUGUUCAUAGCGUUCUAUAAAAAAUUAUUUAUUGAAAACUAUACAAAAGUUAUUUAUUGAAAACUAUACAAAAGUUAUUUAUUGAAAAGCAGUUUUAUUAGUAUAAGAUACUUCAUAUAUUGAAAUACAGACUGUUUGCAAUAUUGAAAUAGAUAAACAUAUUCAUUUACUGAAAUUUAUUUAAGCUUCUUUUACGCGUUCUGUUUUUCAUGCCUAAAAUAUAUUUACAUGGUUGUUAAUAGCUAGCUAUAUAUAUAGUGAUAGAAUUUUAUCAUUAAUGUGAAAUAAGUUGAACAGUAAAAGCAUUCUGUGAUGUAAAAUUUGUGAUAAUAUUUAUUUUUAUUGAUAAGUUAUGAUUUUGCAAUUUUUUUUAUUUAAAUCAAACAUACAACAUAAACGACGCAAGGUACGCGAAAAGGAACUACCAAACUUGUCAGUAACUUUGAAAUAUUAAUUUCUUUUGAUUGCCGGUUUAUACAUGUACCUGUUACAGCAUUAAAAUUUUCGUCUUCUGACAAAAGGCCAAAACAAUUUUUAAUCUUCAGAUAAAUACAAAAAUAUAUGUCAACCCUUAAUGCUAAAAAGGUACAAGUAACAAAAUCAAUUAUAGUUAUCAUAAUGGCUUCUUUAUUCACUUCUUGUUACUAAAUCAACUGACUUACAAGUGUAUCAUAUCGGUUAAUAUCAGUAUUUACUAAUGGGAUAGUGACAUUUAUUUAUUGAUCAGUUGAUAAACUAUACUUUUAAAAUGAUAUAAUCUGAUAUUUGUAUUAUUUACAUAUGGUAUGUGUGUCUAUGAUGUACCGGGGCUUUAAAGUCUCAAAUGAAAUAUAGUUGUUGUAACAUUAAA